AUGGAGUCUUGGAAACAGGACAUUGAUUGUUGCUUAUGGGAUGGGGUUAUGUGUGACAACACAAGUGGGGAUGUGAUUGACCAUGAACUCAGUUGUAGCUGGCUUAAUGGUACCAUUCCCUCUAAUAGUUUUCUAUUUCAUCUUCCUCACUUGCAACAUCUCAACCUCGCUUACAACUACUUCAAUCAUUCACCAAUUUCAUUUGCGUUUGGCCAACUUUCUAGGUUGAGAUAUCUUAACCUUUCUUACUCUAUGUUUUCUGGCCAAGUCCCAUAUGAGUUAUCCCACCUCUCCAAAUUGGCCUCAUUGGACCUCUCUGGCUAUGGAAAUGUUAGCCUCGAAACAUCAGUUGUCAAGAGACUUGUUCAAAAUUUGACCAAGCUAAGGGAACUUCAUCUUGAUCAUGUUGACAUGUCCUCUGUUUCAUUGAGUUCUUUCAUGAAUUUGUCUUCUUCUUUGACAUCCCUUUCUCUCAACAAUUGUUUAUUGCGUGGGAGGCUGCUUGAUCACAUUUUUCGCCUACCAAACCUACGUGAGCUUAGAUUAGCGGAUAAUCCUCAACUCUCAUGGUUUUUUCCUAUGGUAAUUUCAAGCAAGGCCCUAAGGUUUUUGGAUGUCUCUUACACGAUUCAUGACUCAGGAGAAUUACCAAAAUCAAUUGGCGAGCUAAAAUUCUUUAGGCAUUUGAUUAUAAGUGGAUGCAAUUUUUACGGGCCGAUUCCUACAUGGCUUGGUAACCUUACACAAUUCACCCUUUUGAAUUUAUCAGCAAACAAUUUUGCUGGUGAGAUUCCAUUAUCGCUUUCAAAUCUCAAGGCACUCUCCUCAUUGGAUAUACGAUCCAAUAAUCUUAGUGAGAUUUUAUUUGGAAAUAACAACUUCAAGGGCCAAAUCCCAUCAUCACUUUCAUACUUGAAGGAUCUCAAUUUUCUUGGCCUCAAAGAAAACAACAUUCGAGGUAAGAUUCCGAGUUUUUUGACCAACCUUAAAAAACUCACCUCAGUUUUCUUGUCAUACAACCAGCUCAGUAGUUUUGGUGAAUUUCAGUUUAGCAAUUCAUUGGAGGUUCUAGCAUUAAGUAAUAACAAGCUUUAUGGCUCUAUUCCAAAGUCUCUCUCUAAUCUUGCUAAUCUUUCAUAUCUUGAUAUUUCAUCAAAUGACUUGACUGGCAUUGUGGACAUUGAUAUGUUCAGUGUUAGAAAUACUGAAUGA